ACGAGAGAGGAUGUGCCAAGUAGUUGCUCGCGGACCCUCAUCUGGCGAGCACGUCUGGGUCGCUGCUCUAGUUGCUUGAACUUAGUGCGUGACAGCCUCUCGGGUGAUUUCGAAUUGUACUUCGUGACUUUUCAGAGAACCUCAGAUAAUGAAAGUGAAAUUUAAAAUGCUUUAAAACUGGAGUAACUUUUUUGCUCAUCGAAACUUAACUUUUUUUUUUUUUAAUCACGAAAGUGGUCUUUGUGAAUUUUGUCAAAGGUUUUAUUUGGUACUUUGUCUUUGGCGAACUUUUGCUACUCGUACUUGACUUGUUUGAGAGCUCUGUGACAGUUUGUUUGCUGAUUAGUUAGAAGUUUGUCAGAGACCUUACUUUAAUAAUCCAGAGAACACUGAAAAUUCUGAGAAUACUUAAAGUAAAGGUGUUUUAUGAUACUUUAGCAAAAAGAACAGAAACUUCGUUCCCCUCGAGAUAAUAUGAUCGCUGACAGUUUCUUAGAAGCGACUUAAAUAGCUUUAUACCUGAAAUGAAACAAAAUAUUUAGGAUUUCUUAAACGAUGAAAAGAUCGAAGUUGAGCCCAUCAUCGAAGCCAAUGCCACCGACUGGAACAGUUACGAGUCCUCCUUUACUACCACGUGUUGCCAGGAACGGUUUCGGACGUGUAUUGUCAGCCGGAGCACGUGACAGCUCGGAAGCUCCCGUGCGAGCCACUUACGGUCCACGCUUACUAGCAAUGACGGCGACAGGGUUUGCACGUAUCUUUCCUCUCGCUGCUGCUGCACGUGCAGCAGCAGGAGGUGGUGCACGUGUGCCAUGGGCAACUCGUCCGAAAGAGGCAGGCCACGAGAAGCGUCCGGCUCAGUCUUCCUACGUCAAGUUUGUGCGGAGGUUAAUGUUCGCCCUCAUUGUUUUCAGUCUACGGAAUGAAGUGUUGGCUGUAGGAAGAGGCACUCAGGGUCCUUCCUUCACCAUAGAGCCACCCAGGACCAUCCACUUCACCAACAGCACUGGUGCCAUCGUCAAUUGCAUGGCAGAAGGCACCCCGCCCCCCUCGAUUUCGUGGACCAAUAAGGAUGGACGGAUCAUUGACCAGGUUCCAGGAUUAAGAGAAGUGCUGGCAAACGGCUCCCUGUCUUUUCCUCCUUUCGCUGCCGCUCGGUACCAUCAACAGGUGCAUGGUGGCACUUACAUUUGCAGGGCAACGUCGCCUGCUGGCACCCUGUUGGCCCUGCCCACUCAAGUCAGAGCAGUUGUGGUCGGCGAAUAUGAAGUUCAAGUCUACGAUCAAGUGGUCAUGUCUGGCAACACAGGGGUGCUGCGCUGCGCCAUUCCCUCGUACGUGCGCGAGUACGUGACUGUGACGUCAUGGCUUCACGACAAUUCCUUCAACAUUUAUCCUUCGCUGCACGGCGACGGCAAAUACCACAUGACCGCCGAGGGCGAGCUCCAUGUCCUGGAUGUUGGACCUCAAGAUGGACUCUCAAGGUUCCAGUGUCGGACACUCCACAAGCUCACUGGACGCACCCAGCUCUCCACCACCCCUGCCAGGAUCAUUGUUACAGAGGCCCAGGGGUCGGUGCCCCCCAGGAUCAGCGAGCGAGCAGGACGUAUGGUGGUCCAGGCAGGCAGUCGAGUCACGCUUCCCUGCGUGGCCCAAGGUCACCCUCCACCUCAUUACACGUGGUACCGUGGCUCGACGCCCCUAGCAGCUAGCAGCAGCAGCAGCAGUGGAGGAAUCUGGGCGGUGGGCGGCUCCCUCGUCCUGGGUAGUGUGGACGUGUCAGAUGCGGGCGAGUACACCUGUGUAGCAAACAACACCGCCGGAGAAACCAGGUUCUCAGCUCAUCUUCUGGUCACCACGCCUCUGUCAGUGCAGAUUUCUCAUAAUAUUGUUCUAAUACUCAUAAAAAGUAACCCCCCGGGAGUCCAGGUCGACGCUGGGGGUCGCCUCGAGUUGAAAUGCCACGUAUCGGGAGAACUGGACACGGUCACGUGGUUUAAGGACGGCCAGGUUCUCAGAUCUGGCGAUCGCAUCAGAAUCAGACCUCGGGAAUCCCUGCAUCUAGCCCCCGUGGAAGCCUCGGACGCGGGAAUCUACCAGUGCGAGGCCAGCUACGCCGACGACUACGCCCAUGCGCUGGCUUACGUCACUUUGGGAGCCGCUGCGCCCAAGUUAGCCUACCGUUUCAUAGAACAAACUCUGAAGCCGGGACCUGCAGUCUCCCUCAAAUGCAUCGCGACGGGUACACCGACGCCCCACAUUACCUGGGCUUUGGAUGGCUUCCCUCUGCCACACUCCCACAGAUACCUAAAAGGACAAUGUUCCGCCCACGGUGACGUCAUCAGCCACGUGAACAUCAGUAUGGUACACGUAACGGACGGAGGCACCUACACGUGUACUGCCGAAAAUAGCGCCGGGAAAGUGUCUCACUCUGCCAGGUUGAAUAUCUACGGCGCCCCACACGUCAGGCCCAUGGGGCAAGUGUCGGCUGUCGCCGGAGAAACGUUUGCCGUGACCUGCCCUGCUUCAGGAUACCCUCUGGAAAAGAUCGUUUGGAAGAAAGACACCGUACGGCUUCCCACCAGCCACAGGCAGCGGGUCUACCCUAACGGCACCCUGGUGGUGGAACAAGUCACUAGGGGCACGGAUGACGGCCAGUAUUCCUGCUCUGCUUUUUCCCGUCAGGGCCGCUCCGAUACCCAGACCCUCAGCGUUCGAGUCAUGGUUCCGCCCCGGCUAGCCAACAUGGCCUUCCCCGUGGGGACACGAGCGGGGAUGAGAGCCCAGGCCACCUGUCUCAUGCAGGAAGGUGACCAGCCCCUGACUUUCGCCUGGCAGAAGGACGGCCGGCCGCUGGACGGCAUCCGCGACGUCCGCACCUCGCAGCUCGAUGCCUUCACGUCCAUUCUGGUCAUUGAGCGCGCCUCCGCCGAACAUUCCGGCAACUAUACUUGUGCCGCCACCAACCCGGCCCGAACCUCCACCGUCGACGCCCAGCUGACCGUCAGCGUGCCACCCACUUGGGUAGUUGAACCCUCAAGUGCCAACGUUCCUCUGGGGGGGCACGUGGCAUUACACUGCCUGGCUAAAGGAUUUCCAAACCCGACUGUUGUGUGGAGGAAGGAAACAGCUUCAGGGGUAUUCAGUGGUGUAGCAACGGGGGAGGGCGGAGUGGCUGGCUGGGAAAAUGGAACCCUUUCAGUCAGCCGAGCUGAAAGAAGGCACGAAGGCCGUUACCUCUGCGAGGCCAACAACAACGUUGGCGCGGGCCUUUCGAAAGUUGUGACUCUCAGCGUAAAUGAACCUCCAUGGUUUGGAGUGCGAAGCCAAAGACAGCAAGUGGUAGUAGGAGCAACAGCCACUUUAGCUUGCGAAGCCCAUGGUGACACACCGCUUAACCUUGCUUGGACUAGGGAUUCUACUCCUCUCCCUGCCCUGCCAAGGUAUGAAGUUUCUGAAAGGGAAGUUGACACAGGACGUGUAUCUGAAUUAGUACUCCACACAACACAUGUUGGAGAUUCAGGAACAUAUGUUUGCACUGCUACCAAUGCACAUGGAUCACUCACGGCAGAUUUUCAUCUCCUAGUUCAAGAUGUACCAGGUCCUCCAUCAGGCGUUGGGGUUUCAGAAGAGAGUUCCCGCUAUUUAACCUUGACUUGGACUCCUCCUGAGGAUUCAAAUGCUCCCAUAUCCGCCUAUUUGGUCACCUUCACUUCUCAGGAUACUCAUCAGACAUCAAACGGCUUGUUUGUUGGUCCACGGGAGGUCACGGUGGAAGGUGAUCAAAGGAAAGUUAGAAUUGAUGGUCUUUUGCCAGCCACCACUUACAUCUUCACUGUUGUAGCAGAAAAUCGAGUUGGCCGUAGCCAGCCAUCUUCACCAUUGAGAAUAACUACGCAAGAGGAGGCACCAUCAGGUCAUCCUCAAAAUGUCAGGGUUGUUGCUGUAUCCUCAACUGCCCUUCAAGUAACCUGGGAGCCACCUUUUGAUAAUCUUACCCAUGGAACUGUCUUAGGGUAUUAUCUAGGCUUUAAAGAUGACAGUGAAAGUGAAGGUGGUGCAUACAACUUCACAACUGUAGGAGUUGAUGGUGCAGGUGCUACUACAGCAACACUCGCAGGAUUGCGUCCCCAUGCUCAUUAUUCAGUGGUUCUUCAAGCAUUUAAUUCUAGAGGUGCUGGACCAACUUCACCUCCAGCUAUUGCCACAACUCUUGAGGACAAGCCAAGUGCGCCUCCAGGUCAUGUUACAUGUGAAGCUGUGACAGCAAGAAGUUUAGUGAUUACCUGGAAACCGCCACCAUCACGUCAUAUUAAUGGUGUCAUCACAAAUUAUCGAGUCACCUACUCUGUUUCCAGUAGUCAUGCUGGAGGUAGAAGUGGGAGUAUGGUUUCUGAAGGACUUCGGGCAACAUUAACAACACUCCUGCCCUGGACAAAUUACAGUGUGACCGUUGCUGCCUCCACCAGAGCAGGAGAGGGCGUUUCAUCCCUCCCUCUCAUUUGUACUACCAACCAGGAUGUGCCAGAAGCUCCAGCCAGAGUCAAAGCAGUGGUGUCAGGUCCAAGAGCUGCUGUGGUUGCAUGGUCACCUCCAGUUAAUCCUCAUGGACGAAUAACUCGCUAUUCAGUUCAUUGGUCUUCAGCAGGUGGCAGAGGUCCUCCACACACCCGCCAUGUUGGAGCACAUUUUACUCAUCUAACUUUACAUGAUCUUCCACACACAACACAUCAGGUUUGGGUAACAGCUUCAACAAGAGUAGGAGAAGGACCUUCAAGUAGUGUAGCUACAGUGAAACCUUCACAUACAGUUGGUGCUGGCAUUUGGGCUGUAGGAGGAAAUUUAACUGCUGCUUGGAAAGAAGAUGUUAGUUUGCCAUGUGGGGCUGUAGGUGUACCAGAGCCAACACUUACCUGGACGCACGAAGGUAAACACAUUCCACAGUCACACAAUAGAUUUACAGUGCAGCCAGAUGGUACCCUUACUCUUGCUGACAUUCAGAGGCGUGACAGUGGUGUUUAUAUGUGCACUGCAACCAACCAUCAUGGCUCUGAUAAAGUUGCAUACAAUCUUACAGUAUUAGUGCCACCUUCAGCACCAUCACUGCAUGUCACCGAGACUACAGCUUCAUCAAUCAGGGUGCAGUGGAGUGUAGAAGAUACAGGUGGUGCACCACUUCAGGGAGCAACACUUCAUUACAGAUCAGUAGGAGGAGAGUGGCUAACAGCAGAGGUAGAGGGCCUUCAUAGAGCGUACACUGCUACUGGGUUAAGAUGUGGAACUCUCCAUCAUUUCUACCUAACAGCAAGAAAUUACAUUGGUACUAGCUCAGCAUCCACAACUGUUGGAGCAAGAACCAAAGGUCGUGCACCAGAGCCACCACCCCAGUUCCAGUUUGUUACAACAAAUAGUUCUCAAGCAACUUUGUAUUUAGCACAGUGGGGUGAUGGGGGUUGCCCCAUUACUCAUUUUGCUGUGCAGUAUCGGAAGGAUGGUACUCAACACUGGACCACAGUUGGGAGUGAGAUACCACCGAGUCGAACCUUUGCUGUAACAGGCCUGGAAGCUCGAGGCCAGUAUCAGCUGAGAGUCACUGCUCAUAAUUCUGCAGGCAGUACACCAUUUCAGUAUUUAGUCACUACUCCUGGGAGGAGUGGAACUGGCUCUAGUAUUACAGUAAAUGAAGGAGUCUGGGGUAGUGCUACAUCAACAUCACCUGUGUGGCGUGAUCCCAGAGUCUUGGUGCCUGCUGCAGUAUCUGCUAUGGCACUCUUGCUCACAAUAACCACUGUUUGUGUUUGUCUUAGGAAACGGCCUUCAAGCAGUGCUCCUCAGAAGGAAAUGCCAGAUUCAGUGACCACUAAAGGGUCAGAUGAAAAGACAGCAAUGCAAGCAAGAGAUGAAUCGGUUUACACAACUGUUCGGAGGCCACCCCCUGCGCCUCCUCAACCUACACCAGAACUAAGGGAUAAUACAGAUUACAGUGAAGAGGAGCUGUAUCCAUACGCCACUGCCACAUUCCAGUUGGGGCGAGGGAGUCCUCCUCCCCCUGCCCCACCCUCCCCACCUAAUCAUCAAAGGGGACAAAAGGCCUUUACAGCUUUAGUCUACCAAGCUCCCUCCCUCCAUGAUGUUGAUUCACCAAAUCUAGUACUGCAUCAGACUGAAAGGGAGUCAAGGGCCCCUCGAGGGUUUCCUUACGAAGGGUCAGAAACAGAAGACUAUGGUACUUCAAUAGAUGCCGCAAGUGAUGUACGUCAACCUGCCCCACAUCAUAGGAGGCCGUCCACGGCACCACCAUUGCAGCGGACCAGUAGCGGUCUUUGCCCACUUCCAUUCAACCUUUUACCCUCUUGA